UUUUUUUAGGAUUUUUAAUUUGGAUUGUGAAUAAACGAAGUGUGUAACAUAAAGUUGAUCAAACAUGAAACCAAAACAAUUUCUCUUCAAAAUACAAAUCUGACCAUCAGGAAUAUCGCCCGCGUUUUCUGAACUUGCGUUUCGCGAGCAUAUAAAUUGUUAUUAUUUAUUGCUUAAAGUAUUUAUUUGGUGAUAUGUGUCAUUGUCACUUGUCAGUUGUCAAAAAUUUUCCAGAUUCGGCGGUAUUCUGAAACAAAACAGAAAAACAGCAUUUUAACUUAUUUAAAAUUAUUUACAAAAUAGAAUUUUAUAAGACAAAACGGAACGUUAUAACGUGGGAUUUUCUAUAUUUCAGUCUUCAAUAGGCCCUAAAUCAUGGAUUUCCUAGAAUAUUCAGAUGUAACCGCCGAAAUCAAAGGUUGCAUGACCCCAGGAAGGCUCAAGAUGACCGACCAGAACAUCGUGUUCAAAAACAGCAAAACCGGCAAAGUUGAUCAAAUCCCCUCCUCAGAUUUUUCUGCUGUAAAUUUUCAAAAUUUUGCCGGAACGUGGGGCAUAAGGUUGUUUUUGAAAAACGGCACCCUCUACAGAUACGUAGGUUUCAGAGAGUCAGAUAAGGAAAAAAUUGCCAAAUUCUUUAAAAACUCUUACAAAAUCGAUAUGCUCGAGAAAGAGCUGAGCUACAAAGGCUGGAACUGGGGCACAGCAAAAUUUGAGGGAUCCGUCUUGAGUUUUGAUGUUGGUGACAAAACGGCGUUUGAGAUUCCUUUAAAUUAUGUAUCACAAUGUACUGCUGGGAAAAAUGAGAUUACUAUGGAGUUCCAUCAGAAUGAUGAUGCCCCAGUGAGUCUUAUGGAAAUGCGUUUCUUCAUUCCUGCAAGUGAAUUAGCAGGUGAUACAGACCCUGUAGAAGCAUUCCAAGAGCGGGUGAUGUCCAAAGCCAGUGUCAUUAGUAUUUCUGGGGAUGCAAUUGCCAUAUUUAGAGACCUUCCCUGUCUUACUCCACGUGGAAGAUAUGAUAUUAAGCUUUACCAGUCCUUCUUCCAGCUUCACGGUAAAACUUAUGAUUUUAAAAUUCCCAUUUCCACUGUGCUACGUCUGUUUAUUUUGCCACACAGAGAUGGCAGGCAAAUAUUUUUCGUGGUCAGUUUGGAUCCUCCAAUAAAACAGGGACAAACCAGAUAUCAUUUUGUGGUGUUUUUGUUUAAUCAGGAAGAUGAAACUUCCUUGGAGUUACCUUUUACUGAGGAGGAAUUAAAAGAGAAAUUUGAGGGAAAACUUGAAAAAGAAGUCACAGGACCCACAUAUGAAGUGUUAGGGAAAAUCAUGAAACAUAUUGUCGGAAGGAAACUUACUGGCCCUGGCAACUUUAUCGGACAUACGGGAACUCCUGCUGUAGGCUGUUCAUUUAAAGCUGCAGCAGGUUUUCUUUACCCACUGGAAAGGGGCUUCAUCUACAUCCAUAAACCGCCACUGCACAUAAGAUUCGAGGAAAUCGCCUCUGUUAACUUUGCAAGAGGAGGUGGUAACACGCGAUCCUUCGACUUUGAGAUUGAAUUAAAGUCUGGCACUGUACACACGUUUAGUAGCAUCGAAAAGGAGGAAUAUGCCAAGCUGUUUGACUUUAUCACAUCUAAGAAGUUGAAUAUUAAAAACAGAGGAAAGAGCGAUAAGGCUUCGUACAAGGAUGACUUCGGAGAUUCUGAUCAAGAGGCUGCUCCAGAUGCAUACCUGGAAAGAGUUAAAGCUGAAGGUCAAGAAAGGGAUGAAGACGAUGACGAUGAUUCCGACAGCACGGACGAAGAUUUCGAUCCUGACGCCGUUAAACGUCGUGACAGUGACGUCGCCGAGGAAUUCGACAGUAAUCCCGAAACCAGUGAUAGCGAUGACGAUGAGGAUGGAUCAGAUGGAGGUGAGAAGAAGGAAAAGAAAAAGAAAGAAAAGAAGAAGAAGAGCGCCAAAACGGUAUCCGAAAAACCGAGGAAACGUAAGGAAAAGAAAGAGAAAGAUGAGAAUAAACCGAAGAGAGCCUCGACCGCCUUCAUGUUAUGGUUAAACGCCCAUCGGGAGCAAAUCAAAAAAGACAACCCGGGAAUCAAAGUGACGGAAAUAGCGAAAAAAGGCGGAGAAAUGUGGCGUGAACUAAAGGAUAAAUCCGAAUGGGAGGGUAAAGCGGCCAAAGAAAAGGAGGAAUACAAUAAGGCCAUGGCAGAAUAUAAAGCUUCCCGUGGUGGUGCGACAACGAAAUCGUCGAGUAAAAGUUCCAGUUCGACUGCGACGAAGAAAAAAUCGGCUCCGUCCAAGAAACCCGUGGAAUCGUCGCCGUCGAAAACCGGCCAAUUCAAAAGUAAAGAGUUCAUCGAGGAUUCGUCCAGUUCAGACGACGAAAAAAAAAAGAAGGCGCCCAAGAAACCCGCUGCAAAAGAGGAUAAGAAAGAUGCCUCGGACAAACAGAGUAAAGAGAAGGGCAAACGAGGGAAAGACAGUGACGACGAGAAGUCCAAAAAGAAAAAGAAGAAAGACGCGAGCGAGGACGAGGUGGAAGACGAGGAAGAGAUUCUUAGCUCGCCUACGGCCAGUAGCGAAUCCGGCGACGAUGGUGACAGUGAUUAGGUAUUUUGUUUCUUUUUUAAUUUAAAGUGUAGAUAAGGUUUAAUUAUUAAAAACACAUUUUUUUUUGUAUUAAAA